AUGGAUCUACUAAAGGAAUAUGACUGUUUGACAUACUCUUCUGUCAGCUCUCCACUUGAUCCUACCAUCAAAUUGAGAAGUGAAGAUGGAGCCUUGUUCCCUGACCCAGGGUAUUACAGGAAACUAGUUGGAAAACUAAACUUUCUGACAAAUACUAGAUUGGACAUAGCCUAUAGUGUUCAACAUUUAAUCCAGUUCAUGCAGACACCAAGAGAACCUCAUCUAAAGGCUGCUAUACAUGUACUUAGAUACUUGAAGAAAGAUCCUACUUUGGGAAUUUUUCUAUCCAAUGAUCCUAACUACAUUGUUAGUGCAUACUGUGAUUCAGACUGGGCUGCUUGCCCUGACUCAACAAAGUCUGUGAGUGGGUAUAUUGUGCUGCUUGGAGAGAGCCCUAUCAGUUGGAAGUCAAAGAAGCAAACUAUUGUUUCAUUGCCUUCUACAGAAGCAGAAUAUAGGUCAGUCAGGAAGGUUGUUGGUGAAUUAGUGAUGUUUAGCUUAAAGAAUGAUUCGGGAGCAAUUGGGGGCAAAACGCGCAAGAUAUUGAGCCAAAACGAACAAAAUCGAAAAAAUGGGCAUUUGGGCGCCACAGGCAGCGCCUGGCGCCACCUGUGGCGCUGGAGGCAGAAUCAUUAA